UGGGUGCAGGUGACAACUGAGCUGAAGAAAUGAUCCCCAGAGGAAUAGGAUUGUGGCUGCCUUCAGCUCUGCUCCUCUCUCGGGUCCCAGGCUGUGUCCCUCUGCGUGGCCCCAGCAGUGUGACAGGCACUGUGGGGGAGUCUCUGAGUGUGACUUGUCCAUAUGAGGAGAGAUUCAAGUCGACCAUCAAAUACUGGUGCAGAGGGUCACAUGUUCUACUUUGCGAAGAUAUUGUCAUGACCGGAGGCUCAGAAGAAGCUAGGAAUGGCCGAGUGUCCAUCCGGGAUGAUCCAGACAACCUCACCUUCACAGUGACCGUGCGGAGCCUCACCCUGGAGGAUACAGGCUUCUACAUGUGUGGGGUGGGAACACCAUUUCCCUAUCACCCCUUUCGGAAUAAAGAGUCAUUCAGGGUUGAGGUGUCUGUCAUCCCAGGUUUAAGUCCUGGGAGCAGUAUAAAAAUCCUGGAGCCCACCAGAUCCACAGUCAGUUACACUCAGCCCAGCGUGACCACAAAUGAAACAAUUCCUGCUCCCAGCCCACAGACUCGGUCCCUUCUGAGCAGCCUCUACUUCUGGGUUCUGGUGUUUCUGGAGUUGCCCCUGUUCCUGUGCAUGAUUAGUGCCGUCCUGUGGGUGAACAGGCCUUAG